AUGACAACAAAGGAAGAAGGCUUCGAUGUCGCCAUCGGCAUCACUCGCUUUGUCAUGCGAACUCACGGCAUCUGGCCGGGCUUCAGCGUGUCGAAAGCUGGAAUCAUGCGCUACGCGUACCUUCCAGCGGCUCUCAUGCUGCUGCUCUUCGUCAUCAUACCGCAAACCGUUCAAGUCAUUUUUGUAAGCCGUGAUUUGAACGCCGUUCUGAAUGUGCUUACCCUGGGUAACGUACCUGUGGGCAUUGCUUUGGCUAAGCUACUGGGCGUUAGUUACAAACAAAACGUGCUGCAUCAACUAAUCCUUUCGGUUUGCGAGGACUGGAAACACACGACGAAAGAGUCGGAGCUGGUCGUGAUGCGACUCAACGCUCGCAAGUCUCGGAUGUUUUCCAUAAUUUGCAUUGUCUUGAGUGAGGGUACAGCGAUGGCUUAUAGUGCGCGUAUGUUUUACGCCGCCUUUUCCACCCAUACCAAGGCGCAAGCCACAGGCAUUGAUGACUGCGAGAAACCGCUCUUUUUCAUUGGCAAAUUCCCCUUUGACCCGCAGUCUUAUCCUAAUUACCAGAUUACCUGGACGCUGCAGAUUAUUGCUACAUUCCUGGCAGCCGGUGCUUUUUCAUCGGUGGACGCUCUGUUCGUAACUCUGGUGCUUCACUUGUGUGGACAAUUGACCAACUUGCAGGCGGCUUUUUCGGAAAUCGGCGAAGAAAAUGCCGAGAAAGGGACGAUGUUCGUGAGUAAACUGUCGAAGUUAAUCGAGAGACACCGAAAGAUAAACGUAUUUGCUGACAUCAUUGAGUACAGUUUUAACAUGAUGUUCCUUGUUCAAGUACUAUCUUCUACGCUACUUCUUUGUCUUCAAGGCUACUUGUUUAUGAUCAUUCUUUCGGGACAAGAUGGAUUGCUCGUAGAAAUGAUUUUUAUAUCUUACUUCACUAUCUGCUUUACCUUUAGUAUAUUUGUGUACUGUUAUGUUGCCGAACUUUUACAAGAAAAGAGCUUGCAAUUAGGGUACGCGAUAUUUUAUAGUAAAUGGUAUAAUUUACCAGCCAAGAAAGCUAGAUUGUUAAUCAUAUCCAUAGUACGUUGCAAAAGGCCGCUAGAAAUUUCUGCAGGGAAAUUCUGCAUAUUUUCAUUAAAUUUAUUUUGUAAUAUUGUAAGAACGUCUGCUGGAUAUAUGUCAGUGCUUCUGGCAGUAAAGGAUAAAAUAACAUAG